AUGAACCUUCGGUCGCUUGCGUUGCUUGCGUCGCUUCCUCACACUUCAUAUGCGCAAAAAUGUGGACUCCCAUUGUUUGCUGUGGUCUCUUCUGAUCUUCCUGAACUCAAUAAGGACCGUUUCAUGGUCGCGAGCCCCGGUGGUUUGGCCUUUGCCUAUCGACAAGACUGGGGCGAUAAUUUGGGUUCAAGACAGCUGCUCUCCGACUUCGCGGAUUGCAUUACCGGUAGAGCGUUCUUGGAGGACAAAAUGACCAAAUUGGAAGCAGCUGGUCAGUAGGUGCACGCGCCGACAGACUAUUGUCACUUGCUGAUUGAUGUCCGUUACGCUGUCACGCAGUUUGGGAGGCGCCACUGAAGGAAGCGAAUCUUGAAACAAAAGCCUCGUGGUACAGCACGAUUGUGAAAAAACUUUUCAUAUUAGAUUUAUUGUAACAGGUCAAGAUGUAAUUCAUGAUUUUGCUCGCUAUUUUUCUUUGAAUUAUUAUCUAUUUUGCAGUGUGGACUAUGUUCUAACCGAGAUUUCAGUUGCUGCUCACUUGUUGACUGUUAACGAUGAGUCUUCUUCUCGGUGCAGAUGAUGCCGUGAUGCGACGUACCAAGAACCAAGGGCACGAAAACAAGAGUAAACCGCCCAGGUUGGUGUACGACCCAACCGCGCUCAUACAACAGGCCAGUAUCGUAGUUGAAUGCGGCCCGAGCCUCAACUUGGAGACGAACUUCGCCAGCCCCAUGGGCAAGCAAAAAAUGUCGGGGGCCGACUUGGAUCGUAUCAUUCCCCUGCUGCGUGCAGGAGAGUUGAGAUUCAGGCUAACGGAAGAGGUAUUAGCGGAUGAAGAAGAUGAAGAUGGUGCAGCUAUCCCUGCCAACGGCCAAGAUGGCAGCGCGGUGAGCCGCCCCGAUUCCGACGAGCACUCUUAUUUAUAA